AUGGAGGAUAUCAGAGAAAAGGGAAGACCGCCGGAUGCUCCUGGCUCUUGGGUGAGGAAAGUAGCAGUGUGCAACGAGGGAGGGAUGUUUGUCCUGGAGGAAGUUGUGGUUGAAAAGUUUGUGCAGUCGAGAUUAAGAUUGGAAUUUUCGAAUGGGGAGGAUGGAGAACCAGUGAUAACGAUAGGAGAGGAGGUUUUGGGGAGAAACGUCUCGAUCUUGAGUUUGAGUCGAAAGUUAAAGGAGUUAUGGAAGCCUAAAGGGUCGAUGUUUGUUAUGGAUCUUCCCAGACACUUCUUUAUGGUACGCUUUGAGUUGGAGGAGGAGUACAUGGCUGCACUAUCAGGUGGCCCGUGGAGGGCGUUUGCCAGUUACCUUAUGGUACACGCAUGGCCUCCUGAGUUCGACCUGUUGAAGGAUGAGAGAGUUACGACACCGGUUUGGGUUCGUUUAUCACAUAUUCCAGUGAAUUUCUACCAUAAGACGAUACUGAUGGGAAUAGCCAAAGAGUUAGGGCGGCCGAUCAAAGUAGAUUUGACAACUUUGAAAUUUGAAAGAGCUAGAUAUGCGAUAAUCUGUGUGGAGGUAAACCUUAAUAAGCCAUUGAAGGGGACAAUGAUGGUGAAUGGUGAGAGGUAUUUUGUUUCAUAUGAAGGAAUCUCUUCUAUUUCUUCGACGUGUGGUAUGUAUGGACACCUAGUUCAUGCAUGUCCAUGGAAUGUUACGGAGCGAGCUCUUGUUACUAUGCCAAAUCCAGUGACCACAACUCAUGAGAGCACCAAAUCCACAGAAAUGGAAACGGAAUUUACUCAAGUGAGACAGGCGAGGAGAAAGCCUGAGCAACAAAGACAGACAGGAGGUUCCAUGCAAAGUAAGGAUGGGAGAGUUAUGGAGGGAAGUAAGACAUGGGGAGUACGUAAUGAUGGUGUGCUGGAGGAAACAAGGGUGUCGAAUCGGUUUGGAGGACUAGAGGAAGAGGGGGAGAAAGAGGAGCUAGUGGAUGUUUCUGUGAGAGGAAAAGAGAACAAAGAAAAUGAAAAUACUACGAAUUUAAACACUGGAGGUUCGAGCAUAGCGCAUGGGAAGGCCAUGAUGUUCAUUGCUACUGAGAAUAAAGGGAACCAGAUCUCAGCCCGAUUGGGCCCAAAAGAAAGGAAGGCAAAUAAUUUGAGAAGCCCAACCUUCCAAAAGCCCAAAUUGAAACAUGUUGGGCCCAUACGUGGAAUGGUUUAUGGCCCAACUAAAGGCGAGAUCGAUUUGUCGAUGAGCGAAAAGAUACUGCGAGUUGAAAAAGACAGUGUCGGCCGACCAGGUGGGGCGUUCGCCGUAGAUGGAGUGAUCGACGGAAAUGAGAAGAAUCCUGACCACGCUGGUGAACAGAGGAGCUUACAGGUGCAGCUUGUAUCGACGGAGACUCUGGUCUUUGAUGUAUCAGAACCCCGUGUGGGUCAAGUGGGAGAAAUCCCGAAGGAUGUGGAGAGUGGUGGAUUGUGGCUGCUAUGGAGGUCGGAGAUAGGAGAGCUUGAGAUUGUUAAGUCUUCGGAUCAGUUUAUUCAUGCUAGAGUAGGGAGUGGAACAGAGGUGAUCUACUUGAUUGUAGUGUAUGGUGCCCCUACACCGAGCCGACGGAGUGGUUUAUGGGCUGCAUUGGGGGAGGUGAUUUGUCAUGCUAUUGGUCCGGUGUUCAUUGGUGGUGACUUUAAUACAAUUGUGAGAUUGGAUGAGAAGACUGGGGGGGGGAAUGGGAGAUUGUAUGAGGAUUCACUAACUUUUGCUGAUUGGAUAAAUGAUAUGUCGCUCAUAGACAUGGGAUUUAGCAGAAACCAGUUCACUUGGAAGAGAGGGAAAACAAAGAGUACUUUUGUUGCUAAGCGACUGGACAGAGUGCUAUGCUGCGCCCACUCUAGACUCAAGUGGCAGGAGGCAAGAGUCUCACAUAUGCCUUUCUUGGCCUCGGACCAUGCCCCAUUGUAUCAACAGCUCACGCCAGAGGUAAAAGGGAAUGUGUGUCGUCGUCCAUUCCGAUUUGAGGUGGCAUGGCUACAGCAUAGUGAGUUUAAAGAUAUGUUAAAAGCUUCAUGGGACCGUGAUAUUGACACCAGAGAAGCUUUAUAG